AUGUCUAGCCGUUUUUUCUUCGUCCUCCUUGUAAUCCUAACCAUUGCUAAUGCAACAUUAGCAGCUGAUGAUACCGAGAAACCUCAACCUGUCGACAACAAAACACCAGCAGACAAUGCUACAAAGAGCUUGAUAGAUAGCCUUGGUCCGUCUCAAGAUAACCCUGAUUACGAAAUCCCUUUAGAACUUGCACCGGGCGGUGUCGAGGUGGUGAGUGAUUACCGUAAUGGCCCCACCCAAGAUGAGACUCUUGGACAACCAGAAGAUAUGAGUGUCAACAGCUCUCCCUCUGUAUCUUCCUCAACCGUUCUGACCGUUGCCGUUGCUGCGGUGGGAGGAGCCAGCUUAUUUUUCUUUUGA